AUGGAGGAGUACCUCAGUUCAUCAGAGGCAUUCGCAAAGGCCCUCAAGGGUCUUCAAACAUCUCCCUUAGACAAGAUUCGCCUGGCGAACGAGGCAUGGCGUCGUCAGGACGUGGUUCUCCCCCACAAGCAGGAGUUCCUCCUCGAGUGGCUCUGCAGCACCCUCGUCAAGGCAGCAACACCCUCCAAGAACGCCAAAGCCACCUCCUCAUCGACCAUCACUGAUCAGGCGCAUUGGGACCUCUUCAAGGACAUGUUGACGAAAAUCACACACAGCAGGAAGUUGCACAGGAAAUACGGCCAUGUCGCACACUCGCGUCAUGCACCAGGACACGACAACCACGCCAUUGAAGCACAGGCACCCGGUGUGCUCCUCCGUGUCCCCGUCGUCCCAAUGUUCACAGCACUCGUCCAAAAGCUAUGCCCAACCACAGUCACCACCACCGCCACACCCGCCAAAUCAAAAAAGAACAACAAGAACACUGAAGCAACAAAUCCUUCCACCACACCUACGACUGUAACAUCACCACCCACCGACAUUCCUUCGGCUUCGGUACUAGAGUCAGCAUCGAUCUGUUUCAACCUCCUCUCAGGACCACUCAUGACAGAAUGGUUCCAACCCACACUGGAGCAAUAUACCCCGCUUGUCCAGGCAACCCUAGAGGCACUUAUCGAGAUGACUCAGGACUCGUCUACGAUCGACGCGCGCACUCAGGAGAUCAUGAUGGAUUUUGCACAUAUUAUCCUUGACCGGUUCAAGCGUCUGGUCAUCAUUCAGCCCAACCAGAAGAAGGUCUUUGGACUCGUCGCAGGAAAGAUGUUUGAGGCGUUAGUUCGGGCACGCGUCGCGAUUAGGACUGUCCCAGGAACCCUGCAGGAGGAGUGUCAAAAGGCAAUUGGUGCCAUUCUCAGGACUGGACUUUUCCACCAGGAGCAUUUGCAAGAGUACACGGCCGGCUACGUCGCAGGCGAUGAAAAGUCGAUCCAGAGUUACCAAAAGCAGCUCUUUGAGCAGAUUGCUGCCAUGACCAAGUCCACCCACUCUACAGCAGUGUUGGAUGUACUCCCGGUUCUGGUUCAGUACUUUGUGGAAGAGUCGCGCAGGAAACAGAGGUCGAUGGCCAACAGUGGGUUUGAGCGUGGUCUGGAGAUUGCACGCGAGAUGGAGUUUUCGUUCUUCAAGAUCAUCUACAUGCUCGCCAAGCGACAACUGCCUAACCUCACAGAUGAACCCUCCGAGUCCUCCAUCGACCAACUCGCCAACAUCAUGGAUGCCCACAACAAGCUGCUCUCUGCCAUCCUUGACCUCAACAUGUACCAGCCCAGCAACAACGAGGCUGCGGACCAAUACGUAUUCAUGAGCACUUCCUUUGGAAGUAUCUACUCCUGCCUCACCACGGCGCAAACACUCAACAACGGACGACUUCAGAGUAUUUCACUUACAGGAAUUGUCGUGCUGGCGCAGUUGGAUGAUCGACUUUUGAAGCCACAUCUCGACAGUCUUUGGCCUAUUCUGCUCUCCCCCCUGGCUGACGCUCAUGAUGCCGCAUUGGAGUUGUCCAAGACCCUGCUCGAGAUUUACGGCAAAUCGAGCGACCUCCAGAUCUUUUUGCCUUCGCUUCUUUCCGCACUUCGUGGAUUCGUCACUCGGCCACAGGAGUUGCACUCCAGCCCUCUUUUCACACGAGCCUUCUUGGACCUGAUCCCAGGAAACAUUAGAGGUUACUUGCCUCUGCCCCAAGCCCCCAAGAUCUUGGACAUUUUUGUGUCCGAAUUGAUGGCUCUGGAUACCACAGGAAUGGAGAUUGAUGGAUUGGAGCCCCUUCAGGAAACAACCCACAAGAAGAAGCGGAAACUCAACUCUGGAAAGUCGCAAGGAGACGCAGACGCAUCCAGCAGCACUGUCCCCUCGUCAGAACUGGUCAUUACCCUCUUUAUCCAGUUCCUCAAGGGUCUUCGUGUAACAGUCAAUCAGGAGAAGCAGCUCAACAACGAGUUCAAGGUCGUGUUUGACCAUUUCCUGAGCCCUACCUUUGAACGCCUCGCUCGCAUCGACAACUCGGAGGCGGAUACUUCUGCGAUCUACCAGGCGCGACGGAUCACGCCGGCGCUCAAGUUGCACUACGCACUCUGCAGAGUCUCGACUCAGUACUGGGUGCAUGGACUCUCGUUGGAUCUGUUGGAGAAAAUUGUUGGCACCUUCAAGGCAACGUCGGGAUGGAGUGAUGCCGCAGUCCUGUGUCUCAACCGUGUUGUACUGCAGCACGUUCACAGGAUUCUUUGCUCUCCUCAAGGCAUGGACGACAGUCUGACACAGCGCUGCAAGGAGCUCGUCCAGUUUACUAUGAAGGCUUCCAAACUCAAACAGCUCGUAGAUGAUGUUGCGCUUGUUACAGAGACCUGGGAUGGUCGUUUGGAGACAGCAACUGGGCCCAAGUUCUUGGUGGCAAGCUGGCAGAUCCAGGUGAACGACUGGUUGGAUAUCAUCUGCAGGUUCGGGACCACUCAAGAUUUGGAGCUCAUUGCUACUGUCAUCUCUCGACAGUUCGUCCUCUCCUCGGACAAGACCUCGGCCACCGCUGCUGCGUGCACUCUCGAUAUUAACCUGUUAAACCAGCUUUUGCUCCGCUCAGCCAACUUUUACGAGGUCCCCAACUUCCGACCCAUCUUUGCGCAGAAGAUUUUGGAGGGAUUGUCAGAGUCGAUUGCGGCGCUGAGCGAGACUGCACAGGAGACCAAGUUGGCUGCAACGAUCGCUUCCUUCACCAGCCAAUCCUCCGCCCACAAGGACGCCAAGUCGACCUUUGCUGAGGCCCUGAAGGAGCUGGUUGACGUGACUGCUCACCACCGGUCCGCCGCUGCUGCGCCUAAGUCCAAGUCCAAGAAGGGUUCAUCGACCAUGUCCAAGGCAGCAAGAGAGCAAGGCCCCAGGCUGCUGUCCUUGUUGUCGAUCAUGCACCUCUUGCCACUCGAGUACUUUGAAAAAUACGAGCGCAACAUCAUCCUGACCACCAUGGCUGUCCUGGAUUUCUACAUUCAGCACCACCUGAGCGCGGAUGAGACUGGCGUCAAGUGCUUGUUGAUCGAGCGCAGAAUUUCUAGCGCCAUCAUGUCUUGGAGAAGUGAUGCAGGAGUCCUGUUCAACGAUCCAGCGAUUUUGCUCAACUUGUUGCAUUUCCCUGCGUGGAACUGCUCUACUUCAUACGGAAGUGAGGACAAAGACGGUCUUGGCCACGCCAUCAUGGACACUACCUCCGCCAUGGUCGACAGCGCCAUUCGGUUUUACAUGGGUCAGACAUACGAUGAACGGCAGUACGAGACGGCGUUCAAGCACUUUGAGGCUCUUUUCAAGUCUGCCUUGUCGUGGGCCGGCGACGCUCUUGAAGCUAGCGUCUAUUCUACAAAGGCCAGCUCUGCCGUUGCACUCAAGAACGGACAAAUGACAGAGUCGAGGAUCAAGGUCGUUCUUCUUUCGCAUGCCUGCCACAGUCUCGUCCAGGCCCUGGAGCAGCACAUCCACCAUACCCACAAGUCCAAGUCCAAGGCCAAGAAGGCCACUUCAAAGUCGAAAUCUACUAGUAACAAGGAUAUGGAUACUCGUCGCGAGAUGGUCAUCAAGGAGAUUGGACAGUUGUUUGACGCGGUCGAGGCCAAGGUCACGCUCAGGAUCCAGAAGGUUGUUGACCUAUUGAAGGGCAAGAAGCGCGUUUCAGUUGAGGAGGAGGCGCAGAAGUGUCUCGAUCACUUUGAGCUCUUCAAGACCGUUGUCGACUAUCGUCAAUUGACUUCCGCCCAGGAUGGUAACCACAAGGCCAUUGCCGGCCAGAGCCCUUGCCUCAAACUGGUUCCUGAAUUGUUCUCGUUGGCCAAGGCGCUUGCCCAUGUACAGGUUUCCGAGGAUAAAACAGGGGCUCAAGGACAGAGUAUCGCCCACCUGACAGCCCUGUUGACAGCCUACUCGUGCGAGUACCUGCCCGUCUCCAAGGCAUGGUCCUCGAAUGGCUCGGCUGACAAGGAGACCUUGAAGGAGUUAUUAGUUCUGUUGUUGGAUGUCUCGGGACAUGCUUUGGAGGACAAGGAUGUGACUAUGUUGAAGGACGCGUAUCUGUCACUGCUGAGUCAGCUCUCUGGCGACCUUUUUGAGAACUUGCUCCACUGGUUGUUAGAUGAGACCUACCGGUCGUCGUCUACCUUCGACGAGCUCGUCUUGGUCCGUUACCUCGACUUUACCUUCCUCGGGGUCCACCACUCCCAGAAACGCAAGGUGCGUAGACAGAUCUCAAAGCUGCUGACAAGACUGACACAGAUCUUGCAGACAACAACCUCAGUCCAAGUCGUCGUCGGCGUGCUGGACAUGGUGGCCAGCAUCUGCAGCGAACCUUCGUUCGAAUUGCGGUCCUGGGAGAUCGGUCUUGCCCUUGAUGGUAUCAUCUCCCUCAUGUCCCCCGCCACCCCUCUUCUCCUUUCCCCUCCUUCCUCUUCUUCCUCGGAGGCCACGGUGUUGACGAACCAGGACACGAGCAAGAUCUUUACGGCACUGUACCAUGUCCUGAUCAACAUUGCCCGUUUCCGUCAGGAAGAGCUGUUGUCCCAGAUCCCUGUGUUCACGUCCAUCUUGCAGAGCUGCUUCCAUGGAUUCAAAUCUUUGCAUGGGUCGAUUGCGAAGCGGCAGCAGGGUGUUGAGUCGUUGUUGAAGAGUCCUUUCAUGCUCCUGUCAGCCGGUGUCAUCCCUGCCUCCUCUGGACCACAUGUGGAUGCUGUUGCUACUCCCGUCGCCAAGACCAAGAAUGAGUCUGCACCAACAACCCAAUCGACCACAGAGCGUAUCCCGAUCAUUGGCGACCCCCUGCCGGUCGAGUGCGCUGAAAACUUUGCCCGUCUCCUCACAACCCUCGGCUCCAAACCCGUCACCACUUACAACAACUCUUCCUCUUCCUCCAACACCAUCGACCUCCCCUCCACCGCCACUACCACAGGAAACUCUGCAUCCUUCUCGAUCACAACCGACGCGUCAAAGGCGUUCGGGAAACACAUCCCCUACCUCCUCAUGGAAUACUUCACCAUUCAAUCCUCCGUCACAGCCUCAAUCCGCCUACAGCCGCUUCGGAAUGCGCUCCUCCCUGGCCUGUAUGCCCUCAUGAACCUGUGCACGGAUUACGAACGCGAGUUGAUGAUGAGUGGGUUGGAUAAUACGGGCAAGGUGUUGCUCAAGGGAUUGUAUACCGAUUACUUGAAGUACCACAAGUAUACCGGACGGUAG